CCAUUUUCCACAACCACAGAUGUACUAAGUGUCAGACCAACCAACCCAAAGCAAAAAGCUCACGCGAGCUCCUCCAUUAAUGGCGGAUUCAAUCUCUUCUCUCCCUCUCUAUGAGAAAGUUUCUCACAAGAGCUUUAUACUCAGAACGGUCGAUCUCACGAUUCUUGGCCUUCUCUUUUCUCUUCUUGUCUAUCGAAUUAUAUACAUAAAUCAAUACGACAACGUUUGGAUCGUGGCGUUCCUGUGUGAAUCUUGUUUCUGCUUCGUAUGGUUACUUGUUACGAUUAUAAAAUGGAGCCCUGCGGAUUAUAAGACGUACCCUGACCGACUCCAUGAAAGGGUUCGUGAACUUCCUCCGGUGGAUAUGUUCGUGACGACGGCGGAUCCGGUGAUGGAGCCGCCGAUAAUCACAGUGAACACGGUGCUUUCGUUGUUGGCCGUGAAUUAUCCGGCGAACAAACUGGCCUGUUAUGUCUCCGACGACGGUUGCUCUCCCAUCAUCUAUUUCUCCCUCAGGGAAGCCUCGAGGUUCGCCAAGAUCUGGGUCCCGUUUUGCAAGAAACACAACGUUCAGAUCAGGGCUCCUUUCAGAUACUUCUCGAACCCGCCCAUUCAUCCAGAGGGUUCAGACUCGGGUCAAUUUGAGGAAGACUGGAAAAAUAUGAAGGUCGAGUACGAGAAGCUAAGCAGAAAACUAGAAGUAGUGGCCGAGAAUUCAUAUUGGCUGGACGCAGAUGAGGAUUUUGCUGCUUUUGCCAACAUAAACCCUCGAGACCAUGCAACAAUAAUCAAGGUGAUAAGGGAGAACAACGGAGGUGUAGGAGAAGACACGGAGGUGCCACAUUUGGUGUACGUUUCAAGAGAGAAAAGUCCAAUGCACCCUCAUCACUACAAAGCCGGUGCCAUGAAUGUUUUGGUACGAGUAUCUGGCUUGAUGACAAACGCACCGUACAUGCUGAACGUAGACUGCGAUAUGUACGUCAACAAUCCCGACGUUCUACGGCAAGGAAUGUGUUUGUUUCUUGGGUCCAAAACGCAAAACGAAUACGCAUUUGUUCAAUCUCCCCAGUUAUUCUACGAUACUUUCGGAGACGAAAUCGUCGUUUUACAAACUUAUAUUGGACGUGGAAUGGUCGGAAUCGACGGACCCAUUUACGCCGGGUCCGGGGGUAUUCACCGCCGAAGAAUUAUUUACGGUUUAUCUCCUCAUCAUUUAGACGAUGAUGGAAAUCUUUCUUCCAUUGCUAAAGUGGAAUUGUUAGGAGAGGGUAAAUUAGAAAGAGAAUACGGGGAUUGCAAGGAGAUGGUGAAGUCAGCAGUUGAAGCGUUGAGAGGAAAGUCAACUCCCCAGAAUGACCUUACGAUAUCCCUUGAAGCGGCUCAUCGGGUUGGAGCGUGUGACUACGAAUACACCACCAACUGGGGCAAAACGAUUGGUUGGUUAUAUGGUUCGACGACCGAAGAUGCGAACACAAGCGUUAGCAUACAUUCAAAAGGGUGGAAGAGUUUGUACAAUUCGCCUGACCCGCCGGCGUUCCUGGGAUGCAUGCCGGCGGGGGGACCGGCCGUCAUGGGCCAACAGCGGCGGUGGGCCACCGGCCUUCUCGAAGUUCUUUUCAACAAACAAAGUCCGGUUAUCGGAAUGUUGUACCGGAAAUUGGGGUUCCGAACCGGUUUAUGCUACCUAUACUUAUUCAUCUGGGGUAUAAGAUCGAUCCCCGAGCUUUGUUAUUCUCUCUUGCCUGCUUAUUGCAUUCUCCACAACUCUGCCUUCUUGCCCAAGGGGCCAUGCUUAAGCAUAGUCGUUGCACUUGUGGUGAUGCAUUCCCUCUACAAUCUCUGGGAAUACAUAAAUCUUGGUUUACCCAUUCAAAGUUGGCUCGUCACUCUAUUAUUCGCGAGAAUAAAGACGACAUGCGCGUGGCUAUUCAGCAUUCCAGACAUUAUACUUAAAUCUCUUGGAAUAUCGAACACCAUCUUCAUUCUCACGAAGAAGACUGCGCCUUCAUCUUCUCGACACAGGGACGAAGUCCCCGGGAAAUUUGUCUUCGAUGAUUCUGUCUACUUUUUACCAGGGACAGUGAUUUUGUUGGUGAAUCUUGCGGCCCUCCUCGGAUUCUUGGUCGGAAUGAGACCUCCGCCGGCGGAUAACGGCGGUGGCUACGGUGUCGGAGAGGUGUUGGCGUGCGUGUCGGUGGUUAUGUCGUUUUGGAUCUUCUUGAAGGGUUUGUUCGAGAAAGGGAAAUAUGGGAUUCCUGUUGCCACCAUUUCGAAAGCUGCCUUCUUGGCUUUCUCCUUUGUUAUCUUCUCCCUUAGGAUUUAUUCUCCCUCCUCCAUGUAAUCUUAUCACCAGUUUUCAAUUGAAAUAACAUUUAUCCACUCUUAUUUGACACUUUGGAUUUUAUA